AUGGCAGGAACAGCAUCUUCUAGUAAAGGAUUCCUGUCAAAAUUUUCAUCGUCAAAAACAAAAAGCCAAAAAGAUUUGGAAAACCAUUGGGUGAACACAAUUUAUCAAGAAAAAGUAACCCAGUCAUUCCUAAUGGAUAUUCAAAUCCUGGAAGAACAAACAGAAAAGUUGAACAAAUAUUCCAAAAAAAUGGAUUCAGUCAAUCAACUGAAAAAACAAUUCAAAAAAGAUUACAUUGAGCGGAAUAAUGAACACCUAAGUGAAGAUAUGAUGGGGCGGAUCAAACAGGUGAUGAAAGAAAUGUCUCAACUUCAGGGAGAAAACGACGAGGAGCUGGUGAAGAUUGCAAUCUAUGCCAAAGCACUUGCUGAUGUCACUGCCACUAAGAAAGUGGACCCAAAAAGUAUAACCAAAUUAGAGAAAGCAAACCUGAAUCAUAUCCAGUCCUUGCGCAGGUCAACAUUUGUUUGGCAGCCUGAAAAUACAAAAGUCAAACAUCUUUUUGAAUCUUUGGAAUCAUUGUGGGCUAAAGAUGUUGAUGAGCCUUCAUCCACUUCAAAGGAAUUCCUAAAAAAAUUCCAAAUCACUUCAUUGCCUCGUUCCUGCUAG